AUGUCUCAUCAGGAGAGGCCACCCAGCACGGCAGACAUUAGACCAAUGGAUGUGGACUCGGUCAGCACUCGCGACGGGAGUCGCAGUCCAGAGGGAUGUGAUGUUUUGGAAGUCAAACCGGGACGUGAAGAGGACGGGAUCGACCUUUGGCGUUUUGAAAUUGGAGUCCCCAGAAUCCGGGCAAAAUGCUCAGAAGCGGAAGAGAUUUUGUCAAGAGCGAAAAAGCAAACGCACAGCGCGACGGUAUGGGACGCCAGCGAUGAUUGGCGGGCCCAUUGCCCCAGUUUUGUUCUCGGAUUUUCGGGGACAUUGGUGACCGCUAUUGGCCCACCCCACGCUCAGAAGCGGAAGAGAUUUUGUCAAGAGCGAAAAAGCAAACGCACAGCGCGACGGUAUGGGACGCCAGCGAUGAUUGGCGGGCCCAUUGCCCCGGAGCCUCCGGUGAGCGAGCUCCGCGCAUGCGAUCCAGAGUUCACUCCAUUUGAUGGAGAGGUACUUUGCUGA